AGUUAAGAUCACAGUAUGAAACCGAUUGGUGCAAGAUUUCUGAGGGGCUCCCUAGUAGGUCGUGUUUUUACAAAUAUCAAGUGAUAACAAGGCUGUUAAUGAAAGUCAGAAAAGAUUGGCAUUCUAGUAACAUUAUACAAGUUCAAGACUUUGAUAUCCCCGGAGAAAUACAACAAUUGGUAAAUGAAACCCCGAUGUUCUUUUCAAACCCUGGUUUUGAUAGACAUUUCAUUGACACUACUAGGAGGACUACAGCUCAACCUUGGUCUGUAAAAGAUAUAUUAAAGUUAAAGAAUCUAACAGAAAUACACGGUAAGGAUUGGAAUAAAAUUGUGUCUCAAUUACCAGAGAAAACAUCAGAGGAUUGA